UCCAAGUCCCUUGUAGUUUUCUUCAAAAGAAGAUCAGGAGUGUUCUGCUCUUGCCGUAAGAACAGCUCUGUUUGACUUAACGUGUUGUUGGUGCUGUGACACAGGAAGAACUGCAUGCAGGCCCAGGAGUUUCUUGUUAUCACUUCUUGAGUAGUUAGUGCUCUGUGGAUGGAGAAAGAUUCCAGUCUUAAUUGUCCUGUUUUCAAGGUGUUCUGUGUAGUCUGAACUGGGUCAUUUCCCCAUGAGCUACACAGCCAGUCCUUGUCAGGAGCUGGUUGAACCCUGUGCAGUGCAUGCAGAAGGAAUGGCCCAGGAAGAGAGCCAUCGAAGUCAGGCACCACCCACCUUCUACCAUGGUGCCAGCCAGGAGCUUGACCUGUCCACCAAAGUGUAUAAAAGGGAGUCUGGAAGCCCUUACUCUGUGCUGGCAGACACCAAGAUGAGCAAACCACAUCUCCACGAGACCGAGGAGCAGCCAUAUUUCAGGGAGCCAAGGGCAGUGUCUGAUGUGCACACUGUCAAGGAAGACCGGGAGAAUUCUGAUGACACGGAAGAGGAGGAGGAAGUCUCUUACAAAAGGGAGCAGAUCAUAGUGGAGGUAAACCUUAAUAAUCAAACGUUAAAUGUAUCUAAAGGGGAAAAGGGUGUCUCUUCUCAGUCCAAAGAGACUCCUGUUCUUAAGACAAGCAGCGAGGAAGACGAAGAGACUGAGGAGGAGGCCACAGAUAAUAGCAGUGACUACGGAGAGAACGGACGGCAAAAGAAAAAGGAGAAGCAAGUGGAGAAAGUCAGGGUUACACAAAGGCGAACCCGGAGAGCUGCCUCUGUUGCCGCAGCUACCACUUCCCCUACACCCCGCACAACUCGAGGCCGUAGGAAGAGUGCAGAGCUACCCAAGAGGAAGAAGCGGGCUGCUAAGGAGCCUAAAGCGCCAGUACAGAAAGCUAAGUGUGAAGAGAAAGAGACUCUCACCUGUGAGAAGUGCCCCAGGGUGUUUAAUACUCGCUGGUACCUGGAGAAGCACAUGAACGUUACUCACAGGCGCAUGCAGAUCUGUGAUAAAUGUGGCAAGAAGUUUGUCCUGGAAAGUGAGCUGUCCCUUCACCAGCAAACAGACUGUGAAAAAAACAUUCAGUGUGUCUCCUGUAACAAAUCCUUCAAGAAACUCUGGUCCCUUCAUGAACAUAUCAAGAUUGUCCAUGGAUAUGCAGAAAAAAAAUUUGCCUGUGAGAUUUGCGAGAAGAAGUUCUAUACCAUGGCUCAUGUACGGAAACACAUGGUUGCACACACAAAAGACAUGCCAUUUACAUGUGAGACCUGUGGAAAGUCUUUCAAGCGCAGUAUGUCACUCAAGGUGCACUCCUUGCAGCAUUCUGGAGAGAAACCCUUCAGGUGUGAGAACUGCGACGAGAGGUUCCAGUACAAGUACCAGCUCCGCUCACACAUGAGCAUCCACAUCGGGCACAAGCAGUUCAUGUGCCAGUGGUGCGGCAAGGACUUCAACAUGAAGCAGUACUUCGACGAGCACAUGAAGACGCACACUGGAGAGAAACCUUUUAUCUGUGAAAUCUGUGGCAAAAGCUUCACCAGUCGACCCAACAUGAAGAGGCACCGCAGAACUCACACAGGCGAGAAGCCCUACCCCUGUGAUGUGUGCGGUCAGCGGUUCCGCUUUUCCAACAUGCUAAAGGCCCACAAGGAGAAGUGCUUCCGAGUGACCAGCCCAGUGAAUGUGCCGCCAGCUGUCCAGAUCCCACUGGCCUCAGCUCCAGCUGCUCCCGCUCCAGCCGUGGCCAACACUCCCACCAGUCCAGCCCCUGCAGUCAGUAUGAACCCCGUGGGUGGCGCGCUUCCCUCAAGACCUGUCCCGCACCCGUUCUCGCACCUGCACAUUCACACGCAUCCACACCACCCGCACCACCUUCCCAUCCCUCCUGUGCCUCACCUGCCCCCACCUCCAGCCCUCUUCAAGAGUGAGCCCCUAAACCACAGAAGCCAGAGCGAGGACACCUUUCUCAGGCACCUGGCAGAGAAGAACAGCGCAGCCCAGGCCCAGCAUCAUUAGCACCAGCCAGUGUCAUCCCCGCGGUGAGUUGGCAGAAGGGGUGCAGCUGUACUUCUCUGGGAUCUUCCUGUCUCCAUGGCCUCCUUCAGGGCCUUCACCAUUGUCCUGGUGAGCCAUCAGACUGACCUGAGGGAGUGAAGAAGAAGACUGCCCUUGAAACCAGGGGAACCACCGAACUAAAGCCCAAUUUGCUUGCAUUUUCUGAUGACUUUUAUAAAUUUCAGAUACUGUGACUGUGGGAUUUUAUAAUUUCAUAUCAGCGGAUGAGGUAUGCUUGCUUUUAUAUCCCGGUCUUCUCCUCAAAGAGGGGAUGGGCCUGGUUUCCUUUAUACUAAUCGGGAAGGCUGUGAGAUUAAUCUGGAGCAUUAACUGUAUCACUGUGUAUUGUAAUGAAUUCUUUUCAGCUUUUGGUGCUGGCUGCAGAGUCGAGCUGGCCGCGUUUCACACAAUAUCAAGCAUUAUAGAGAAGAUGGGAAUUUUCUUCUUUGUGUAGCUCUUUUAACACACUCUUUAUUUUACUACAGAAAUUAUUUUAGAGUUUUUGUAUAGACUUUAGUAGUCUGUUUCUAAAAUGAGAUGUAUUUCAAUAAGCUGUGUAAUUUUUUCAGUGUAGCUAAACCCAUGUUGUAAAAUAGAUAAAUUUUUAUAAUCAUCAAAAUGUGAUUCUUAAAGAUGCAUAUAAUAACUUCUAUUUCAAAUGUAUUCUUACAUCCGUACAACUCAAAGGUGCUUCUGAGACUGGAUGGAUCUGAGCAGGUCAGCAGAUCAGGUACAAAAGCAAGGUUCAGUACAAAGUCAGUCCUCAGUGAAUUGAAAGCCUCUGCUGGACAUUCAGUCCAUUGGGCUCAUGGAUACACCCAACACUGGUGUCCCUUUGGACUACACUGUGGAUUCAGCGGGAUGGUGCGAGGGAAUAGGGUCACCCAGAGUUAGCCGGGUUUGCAAAUGUGAAUGGCAUUUGUGAAUGAGUACCCUCAGGAGGAUGUGGCGUUUCCUUGGAUCACAUCUGUUUCUCGCUUUUCUUAGGAACUGUGUUGUGCUCAGCUGUUAGGGGAAGAUGAAUUGGAAUCUCUUACUUGAGGUUCCUGUGUUUUCCAAGAGUUGUUAGAAGAAGUUAAUAUGGUGAAUUGAAAUCAUAAACAUAAUUGCUGAUAGUGACUGAGAAAUGUGGAUGAGAAGACAAGUUGGCUUUUGAGUUUUAAAACAUCUGCGGUCUCUAAAGUGUGGAUGUCCACAGUUGAUGAGUAUCUGCCAUUUAAACUGUAGUGAGAGGAAACCCUCGAUACUGCUGCCUGCCUCGGCAGAGGAGGGAGACCGCAGCAUCUUAGGUGAGGAGUGGCAGCUUACUUGGUCAAGACUUAGGGCACUUCCACAGAGCGUGGUCAUUCUGGAGUGGAUUAUAUGGAAGGCCAAAGAGAGGGGCUAACAUGGUAUUUUCAGUCAGCUGCCGUGUACACGGCACAGCUCCAUGUUCUGUGCUCGUCUUCUUCUCCUCAGAGGCUGAGUUCCAAGAAUGGUCACUGCCUUCCCCCUCUCCUCAUCUCUCUACCCUCAGGCUCCUAAAUCAGAACCUUAGCUGUUAUUUAUUUAUCUUUGAUAUUAAAUGUGCAGAUAUACGUCACGCACUUUUUUUCUGGCUACUUAACUCUGCAGUGGGGACACACAGACUCUGGACUGAGGUUAGGUUCCUGCUUUUAAGUAUCACACUCUAAAUUAGUUUUUUUUUGGUUUACUAUUUCUAGAUUUACUCCAGUUUUGCCCUUGUCUUCUGUAAACAUAGGAAAAAUUGUGUGCCGAGUCAAGAAAGUAUCUCAGGACACACUUUCCCUACAGUUUCUAGCUAUGAAUUUUAAUGAAUGGUAUUUUUAAUAUUUAUAUACAUUCUUGGAGCCCUCAUAUACCCAAGGCAAACAAGGAAGCAGAUUCCUUUUUUGAAUGUCGUGACUUAGAAGUCACCCCCCAUUUACCUCCACAGUUUCCUUUGCCUCCUGUGAGAAGUCUGCAAAUCCACACUUUCAU